AUGCUCAGCAAGGGCUAUCCAAGCGCCAGCGCCCAUAAGAAAAUACAGGGCCACGAUCUCAGCGGAAAGCAGCCACUGCAGAAAGGCUCGUGGACGCAGGGAAGAUGCCACCACGAGGAAGGACUGAGCUGGCCCGGCCCCUGGGAGCUCAACAGUCUGACCGGCACCGGUCUCCCGGAGUAUUCCGUGUAUGAACCCAGCGCAAUGGAGCCCACCAUACAGCUCCCAAGCAUCAACGCCACCCUCCUGGCCGGGGCGUCGGGCUUCGACGGGGAUCCUCAAAAUAGGGCCGCCGGAACCCUUCUUAAGAAGGAGUCAUCCUAUCCACAGGGGGCCUCCGCCGACAGCCACUGUCCGACGCUCAAGAGACCGUGA